AUAAAACACCUUGCAAUAUCACAGGAGAAGACAUGUUGAUUUUUUUCUAUAGGUUCUGUGAAGCCGAUACGGAUCGCUGUCACUACUACAAAAUGUCUUUGUAGUUAUCAGGGUGUAGGUCAUAUAAUUGUAGUAAUAUUAACUAAUCCGUGCUAAUUUUCAUAUGUUAAACGUAUCGUAAAGAGAAAGAAGAGGAUCCACUCCGCCCGAAUCAGGGGUUGAGAUGCAACUAGUGUCAGUGCGGUCGAGAUAAUAGCAGUGCGUGUUGUGGUCGUGGUGACGUGAUGAUGCGGUCGCAGUGAGGGGGCAGAGCGACACCACGGCUUCGUCAGUGGCGGGCGGCGCGCGGGGAGCCGAGUCUCCUUCGCAGCCCAACCAAGACACGGUGGACAACGCCACUCCCACCUGCUGGUGGGCGGCGUGGUCGGCAAUGGGAUGCUUCGGCUCGCCGGGCGGCAAGAGCAGCGAAGACGACGCCAAGAAACAGAAACGCCGCAGCGAUGCCAUCACCAAGCAGCUGCAGAAGGAUAAACAGCUAUAUCGCGCCACGCACCGCCUCCUACUCCUGGGCGCGGGCGAGUCGGGCAAGUCCACCAUCGUCAAACAGAUGCGCAUCCUUCACGUGAACGGCUUCUCCGACAAGGAGCGCCGCGAGAAGAUCGAGGACAUCAAGAAGAAUAUACGCGACGCGAUACUUACAAUAACCGGCGCCAUGAGUACUCUGACGCCGCCCAUACCGCUCGAGAAGCCGGAGAAUAAGGCGCGCGUCGAUUAUAUACAGGACGUAGCGUCCCAGCCGGACUUCGACUACCCGAUGGAGUUCUACGAGCACACGGAGGCGCUGUGGCACGACCUCGGCGUGCAGCGCACCUACGAGCGCAGCAACGAGUACCAGCUCAUCGACUGCGCUAAGUAUUUCCUGGACCAGGUGCACAUAAUAAAGCAGCCGAACUACACGCCGACGGAGCAGGACAUCCUGCGCUGUCGAGUCCUCACCUCCGGCAUCUUCGAGACGCAGUUCGUCGUCGACAAAGUCAAUUUCCAUAUGUUCGACGUGGGCGGUCAGCGCGACGAGCGACGCAAGUGGAUCCAGUGCUUCAACGACGUGACGGCCAUCAUCUUCGUGACCGCCUGCUCGUCCUACAACAUGGUGCUGCGCGAGGACCCCACGCAGAACCGCCUCCGGGAGUCGCUCGACCUCUUCAAGAGCAUAUGGAACAACAGAUGGCUGCGCACGAUAUCGGUGAUCCUGUUCCUGAACAAGCAGGAUCUCCUCGCAGAGAAGGUGGUGGCGGGCAAGUCGCGGCUGGAGGAGUACUUCGCGGAGUUCGCGCGCUACAGCACGCCGCCCGACGCCGCGCCCGACGCCCGCGACCAUCCCGACGUCGCAAGGGCCAAGUACUUCAUACGGGACGAGUUCCUUCGUAUAAGCACGGCAAGCGGCGACGGCAAGCACUACUGCUACCCGCACUUCACGUGCGCCGUCGACACCGAGAACAUCAAGCGCGUGUUCAACGACUGCCGCGACAUCAUACAACGCAUGCACCUCCGGCAGUACGAGCUGCUCUAACCAUAGCACCACCCGCUAGGUAACCGUCCACUUACACUCACUCACUCACUCACUCACUACUGCUACCCGACACACCGAGAACAUCAAGCGCGUGUUCAACGACUGCCGCGACAUCAUACAACGCAUGCACCUCCGGCAGUACGAGCUGCUCUAACCAUAGCACCACCCGCUAGAUAAAGUAUGUGCGGUGCAGUAAAGGCCCGCGACUCGUAUGACCCGGUCAGCAAUACAUACUACACUACGUACGCCCUGACUCCCUGGUUUAUUUACCGCCCAACGAAAACGCUUCGUAACGAUAACUAUAUAUUUAUGACGAAAACAACUCAUAAAAAAAACCUGAUUCUGUAAAACAAAAUAACGAAAACUCUCGAAUUCUCUAUCAAAAACUCAAUCUCGAAUAAUUUCGCUUUGAUACGACAAAAUAUUUACCGAUUACCGAUUGUAAGAGUAUCGAUUACGAAGCGUUAAUCGUUAUACCGCGGCUAGUGAUGUUCCCAUGGUGUUUCCGAACGUCAGAGUUUGCGAUAAGCUGGCAACUUUAGUCGAUUUUAUGUGAGAAUUUACUAAAUAUGUUUAGUUAAGCACAUCGUGAAAUAGUUGGCUUUAGAUAAAUACCAUCUGUUUCUAUAGUAGCGAGUGAGAAGCUAUAUGCAAUGAAAUAUCAAAUUCUAUUCUAAAAAUCUUUUACACAUGACACUAUAGCAGGGAAGAUGAACCAAUGACUUCAUUGCUUGCAAACAUACAAUAAUUUGGGUAUGUCAUUAUUUAAAUCUACAUUGCGAUUAAAAUUAUGUUGUUUAUCGCUACUUUCAGCAUCCGGAUAAAAGCUAUCAAACAUAAUGUCUAAGAGUGCAUGUAAAUCGACAUAACUCUCAUCAAUUUGCCAUGGUAUCAUUGUUCACUUUUUCAAAAUAAUUGACCACGUAAGUCAAUCAAGACUCGUCAUACCUGCGCUAGUGUGAUUAGUUCACUAAAGUACGAUGGAUACAUAGUGGCAUUUGUUUAAAGUCCAUUUACUUAUCAUUUUUAGUAAGUUGUCACCUUAGUCGAUGUUGUAAACGCACAUCACUACGGUCCUUUUUCGAAAUUCGAACACCGCGUAGUGGUGUGACGUUGUCGGGUCUAUAGGGUUGUGACGUGUUUCGACUAAAUUCGACUGCUCGAUGAGGCGCGGAGUAUCGAAUAUUCGCCAGUUACGUUUAUAUAAUAUCGAUUAAUUUAGUCGAUCGGUCUCUUUACGAUAUAUUUUAUUCAGUUGACACAAACAAUGGUACUUAUAAGUUGUUCUUAAUUCUUAUUAUUAUAAUUAUUUGCUUCAAGAUUCUAUUAUAAAUUGAUAGUUGUUGAUUUUAAAAACAUUAUUUUUAAUUGUAACUUAUACAUUAAAUCAUGCGAUAUUCACUGUAAGUGCUGGGUUAGGACAGGAUGUGUAAUCGAUAACAUUUUAUUAAAUGUUUUAAUCGACUGAAAUCGUUUGGGAACGGAUAAUCGACUAAUCCUUACAUUACUUUGUGCAUUAUUCGAAACAUUGUGUUUAUAUUCGCCAAACAGACUUUUAGUGAUGUGAGCGUAAUUUUGGAUAUGUUUUAGUCGAUUUGAAGUUAGUGUGAAAGUCUAGAUUUAGUCUAGACUAGACUGGUUCGUGUGGAGGUGCGAGCGACCCGGGUGGGACGCGGCUGCGGCACGACAACGAUACGAUACCGACACGAUUCAUUUCAAUUAUAAAAUAAAAUAUAGUUUACCAACUAAUUUAAGUGAAUUAAUUAAGGAACAUUUCUUAAUACAAAUACGUAAUAAUAUGUUGAGUUACCACAGUUUUUUUUGUUAUUAUUGUCGGUAAAUAUUUGAUAGUCGUCCGCUCCGGUCCGCAGCUGUUUCAAACGGUUUUAUAUUAAGGAUCAUCGAAGUACUAGGUACGCCUUGAGGCUAGAUCAAUAGUAUUCACUUCACUUUCGAGUACACAACGUUUUUCUUUUAAGUUGGUUAAGCUUAACAUGGGAUAUUAGUCGGACUACGCACAUUUUUAAAAAUAGUAUCCCGCUUUUUUUUUGUUAUUUAACCUUCUUUGUCAUAUCAUAAACAAUAGAGGUUUGUUUAAUAGACGAAAAAUACUGGCCGUUUCUGACGUUUUGGCACAAAAAAGUUUUCGUUGUUGUCUAUAUGUAGUCCAACUUUACCCGCUAUUUACCGAGCGCAAUCAUUUUAUGCUCAAAUUAGGCCAAAUCGUUUAUUUUAUUUAUUUAAACAAUAAACCCUGAAUAUUUCAAUUGAAAUACAUUGAUUUUGUAGUAAAAUUAUACACUGAGUAUAGCCAUUUUUUUCUAGAUCAAAUUAAAAAGGAAUAUUUGAUAUGUCUGUAUAUUUUUGAUUACAGAACUUUUAUUUUAUUUUCUUUGGAGGAUAUUUUAGGGGUGGGCUCUUAUGUGUUAUUUUGAAUGAACAACGAUUAAAUAACAUAUUGUAACACUACUUCGAUUUUAUUGUUUGGUUACCAAAAUAGCUUAUGAAAUAUUUUUAUCAUUGUAUUGACAAAUUAUGAAGAAACUGACAAAAAAUGAGAUAGCCAAACUUCAAUUAUGAAAUAUAAGUUCGGUACUAUUAAAAUCACUAUGAAAUCAAGCGACCAUAUCUAACACAUGGGGGCACACCUUUAUUUAGUUUUUACACAAAUAUAGUUUAAAAGCGAUUUAUUUUUAAUUUUUAUCAAAUGUACGUCUUCCAAUAUCGUAUAGUUUUGUAAUAAUUAUUUCGUUUGCGUCUUAAUACGUUCGUUCAUAGCACAAUUUUUGACUAAAAUGUUAACAAUACAAGUGCUUUUGUAGAUUAAAAGUUAGUUUUUAAUUAUUAUUUCUUUGUAAUGUUGAGCUUUUAGGAAUUUAAGGUCCAAAGAUCCGACCGUAUGUAAUACGGCCGGCAGAAUAUCAAUAUCCUAGCAGUAUUUGAGUUAAAAAAAAUAUUUUCAAAGAUUAUUCUAUUUUUUUUUUUUUCGUUUAUAAGAUGGACACAAUUUUAGCCUUUAAGUACAAAGAAUACUAACCUCUCCUAACAUUAAUUUACUAAAUAGAAUUAUUAUUAUUAUUUAUGUUAUAUGAAAAAAUUAAAAUUGGUUUAUGUACUUACACGUCGUGCUAUUUUAAGAGAUAUUUUUAAAAUACAAAAUGAUCUAUUCUAUCGUUAUGAAUCUUAAUAUAUUUUUGAUUUAGUAAAUUGUUAUUUGCCGCUUAAGGUAUUGUUGGGCAACUGUUGGGCGACUGGAAAGUGGUCCAGUUUAAUGGCUGAAUGUGUAACGCCGACUAUCGCUCUGCACUCAUUCCACUGAAACAUUGUAAAAUAUUAAGCGAUUUUCAUAGUAGUUGCGAUAGAAUGUUGCCUGACUGUUGCCCGAUAUUUGACUACACCUCAACAUAUUGCUUGCUUUUAAGCACAGUAUGGAAUAUACCUUAAGCAGUAAAAUAAUAAAAUUGUUAAUAUAUAAUUUGUUAGAAAAUGGUCCUUAAUAUAAGAAAGUUAAGCUGGAGUUUGUGUUAUGUGCCAUAAUGUAGUGUUGCCAGCGGAAACACCAUAUCCUAUGUUACCAUACUAAAAAAACACUUAAUAAUUCCUUCCUUCGUAUUGUAUGUACAGUAACAAAAUUCGCUAUUUUUUGCUUUCUUAUUCGUAACACUAUCGUUAUUUUUUUUUAAAUAUAACUAUAUUGAAAUUGUA